CAGCGUGAAGAGCUUCCUAGAUCCACUCACGUAUGCUGGCCAUGGGCAUAUCCCUACUACUUUUGUGAUCCCUGAGCGGGAUCUAACCCUCAAACCAGAGUUCCAGCAUGAGUUGGUCAGAUCGGGAAGGUCACCAUUCGGUCAGAUCAUUGCCCAAUGUUGUCGUAUCCAGAUGGGGUCGUCUAGAUUUUGGUGAAAGCUGCGGGGAUAGCUUGAGUAAGGCAGGGUUGGGAAAUGCGUUCCAUAUGCAAACGGUGUGGACGCCAAGAUGAGAGGAGAAACUGUUUCUCCUGACCGAAAUUCACUGCAAUG